CUCGGCUUCCCGAAACACAUAUAAGCAGGAUAAAAACUCACGUAUUGCACAACUUCUUUUGGCCAUUCUAGAGUAGUCGCUAACCAGAAAAGACGGGGUUGAAGGAGAAAAGGAGGUGGGGAAGAUACAAUGAUGAGAUAAGAAUUCAAGAUUAGCCUAACAGCCAUCAGGGACCAGAAUAAGAAGUAAGCUACGAGGCUUUUUAUAAUGAUGGAAUCAACCCCAAAUGUUUGGCGUACAAUAAUUAAUAAUAGCAGUGAUGUGUGAUUCUGAAGGAUCCGCACAAAUCAACUUGGUGCAACUCAAUUUAAGGACCUUAUUGGAUAAAUCUUGGCGCUUGAUUGCAGCAGCUCACUAAAACGCAAAUAUCGUCGAACAAGAAAUCGACCGUAUUGGAUAAAUCUCGUCGCUUGACAGCAACAGCUCACUAGAAGGCAAAUGUCGUAGAACAAGAAAUCGAUCAGACAUUGUUUGGGUGCUGGUGGGGGAGUUAAAUUCAAGAACUUCUACAUACUUGUUCAGAGAAGUAGAUAGUAAUAUUUUUGUUUAAAUUCAAGAACUUCCACAUGCUUCCACAGAAAAAAUACAAAGUAUUGUUAUUGUUUAGUUAAAUUCACUCAUAUUCUCUCUCUCUGUACCUCGAUGGCUUCGCUUGAGCAUAGUUGUUUAUAUACCAAUCUUGGGUUGGUUCCAUUUUCUUCGUUUUUUCGUCUCCAGCUCCAUGGCUUCCCCUCUACCCCUGCGACCUGCCCUAUUUCACAAGGACCACAGCCUAAUAUCUGCAAUACCUAAGUCCAGAGCACCAUGUCAAUCAAAGGUAGUUAACACGAAAGACCAAGAGAAUCAUGGUCCAGCAAGAACUUCCAUUUCUCAUGGGUUCCAGUUUCCAUGUUGUAGAUCAACAAUCCAAACAGCUUCACAAAAACUGAUACCUCCAGGAGUUUUAUCAUCCAUGGGAUCAGCCCCUGAAUCUGAUCACCUGAUCACAGACGAUGAACCUUUUGUAGAUAGGGCUAAUAAUCAUGAAAUGGAAUUCACUCGGGUGAAUUGUCUUGUAUGGGUAUUGCAUGAAUCUGCCAGAGGUUUUUCGCUUGCUAUACAGGCGCUUGAGUUGGCAAGGACUGGGCCAGAGCUUGCAAUGGCAUGGAGAGGAGUUGAUGUGCAUGCCUGGCAUAAAAACAUGGCAUAUCAGGUAGCAGUGUUUGCUUUGUUGAAAGCAGCAAUUGAAGUAGACUUAUUUCUUUGUCACAAAUGCAGCAACAACCUGUCUCCUGUCCAUGAAAUCUUGUCCGUGAAGGCAAACUUACUUGGUGAGCACAUAGAAAGAGAAUUGAACACGAGGAAUCCAAGAUUACUGCACUGGUUUAGAACAGUGGAGCUGCCACGCAUAGCUGGGCUGUUCAUUCCGUUAUUUCAGAAGUGGUCUAUGGAAUAUGCUGGAAGUGGUGUUGCAGGAAUCAUUCUCGCUAUAAGUUGUUGUGCUGCAAUAAGGAAACUGGAUCCUGGACGAAUUUGCCGUCCUUUAUUUUGUAUUUCAAUUGAAGAUGCAUUAGUGAAACUCAUGAACCUGUCACACAGUCUCGUUUCAUUAGAUAAAUUGCAUCAUUUGGCAAGUGAAGCCGGAUUUGAAGAGGAUUUCCUCUUGCACUUUGGUAGAAAGGUUUUGCCUUGUAAGAACACAGAAGAUAUAGAGUUCUGGAUUGGAUUGGUACAGAAGAAACUCUCUGCAGCAUUCUACAGAGAAAGUGUAUCUACGCACAGGCAUAUGUUCCACAACAAGGUUCAAGAGAGCAGUUUGGCUACUUUUGGCCUUUUUGCUUAUCUAGGAAGAGAGACAAGACUAUAUCUUUCGGGAAUGGGAAUUAAGGAUCUUGACAAGCAAACUAAAGAUUUCUUGAGUUAUUUAGAGUGUGGUAGCCUUGUUAUAUAUCCUGAACUUUCAACCUUAUCAGAGUAUCAGCUCUUCAUGGAGGUAGUAACUGAUGAAAUUGGAUGGCUGCAUUUUUAUCCUGCGGUUGGCUUUGAAUGGUGUCAAGAUAGGAGGAGGUCCAGACAGCGCAUGAUACAAGCAGAGAAAGAGAUUGUUCUCUACAAGGUUCUUACUGCAUGCUAUGAUGUUAUCUCAGAGUUUGCUCAUUACAGCCACUCAAGAAAGCAGCCAAUGGACUCAAAUUUGUUAGAAUUCUUACUUCAUUGUCAGAGCCUGCUAGCGACUUGUAUGGAGGAUUACUGGGCUGCUUAUGAUGAGAUAGGUGAACCACAACAUCUUGUGGAAAGAAGUGUAUCAGAGCCAAAAUAUCUUAUGGCAGAGCACUCGUCAAAGGAUUGGAUAAAAAGAGGAAAGGAUCAAUACGGACCUACCGUAAAUAAUGAGGCUAUUGGCUCAGCUGUGGAGAAUGAGAUAACCGUAGGGAAGUCGGGCUCUGCUUCUCCAAUAAAGCCUUCAGAUGAGAACUUUCUGCAAAAAUCCUCCAGGAAAGUGAUAUCUGCAAGUGCUAAUGUGUGGAUGGGUACUCAGUUACUCUUUAUAGAUAUAAUUGAUGUUGUGGGGCUUCUGAAGAAGCAACUUCGUGGCUGCAAAAUGACGGAAAGGGAGAAGAAGAAAAUAAAGAAAACACUGGUCGACUUUGCUACACUGGUUCCAGUAAUAAUAUUAAUGCUGCUCCCUGUUUCAGCUGUCGGGCAUGCAGCAAUGUUGGCAGCAAUCAAAAAGUAUAUGCCAUGUUUGAUUCCUUCGCCUUAUACUUCUGAACGUCUUGGUUUGGUGAAACAAAUAAAGAGAAUAAAGAAGAUGGAAUUGCAACGAAGGAGCAGCAUCCAAGAUGCUUCCACUAGACUGGUUGUUUGACUAAUGUUCUCAUGAGAUGAGACCUGGCUUUUCAAUUUGCUCUGGAAGAAAAGUGCAGUGCAGUGCGGUUUUCCGGUCGGUAAAUCAGUUUUAUUGCGGCUGCAAAUAUGGUGGUGGACAAGCAGUGUAACCCGCAUCACCGAACAGACUGCAGUUUGCUCGCUUAGUCUUUUUAUUCUCGGCUUCUGUGUUUGCGCUUUUAAAAGAAAAUACUCCAUUGAGAAUCCACUAACAGUGAUUUGCCUAAUUGUACUCGUCGAAUUCCAACUUUUCUACUUUCUAGGUUUCAUGUAAAUAAGCUAUUUCAUCGCAUUUCAGCAUGUAGCUUCCUUCUACACAUCCCAAGUACUAAGAGGGAAUAUAUGCAACUUUCAAAUAUUUUUUCUUUGCA